AUGCACAAGGUGGCCAUACAGUUGGAGGACCAAUUCUCCACUGCGCAAAAGUGCAACAAUGACACUGUGUUUCUGAAGCAGGACUUUGUUACUGAAUGGGCCAUUUCAUGCGCAGGCCUGUUCCAUCGCUACAACUGGCCCGGCAGUGCUGCAACCGCCAUCCCGACUGCCUAUCGUCAGCUUUCGGCCACCAAGGCGCGCAUCGAGACGCUGAGCGUGGUGGUCCGCUCCUGCGCGAAGGCCAAGGACCUGCCCGAUGCUAGCUUUGCCGGCCAGCAGGAGACGUACUUGAACAUCUCUGGUGAGGACACCCUCUUGGACGCCUGUCGAGGCUGCUACGCCUCCCUCAUCACGGACCGAGCCAUUAGCUGCCGUCAGAUGAAGGAUCACAUGAGCGUCGCACUCUCGAUUGGCAUGCAGCUAAUGAAGCGCAGCGACAAGGAGAUGAAGAUGGUCUACGGUGACCAGCAGACGCCCACCCGCAACGUGCCCAUAGCCAAAGCCGAGCGAGCUGUGAUUGUGCUUGGGGAUGACGAGGUCCUGGCGCUGGCGCGUUGGGCAUGCGCGAUAGAAGAGCACUACGGCCGCCCGAUGGAUAUGGAAUGGGCGAAGGGCGGCGUCACGGGCGAUCUCUUCAUCGCCCAGGCCCGGCCAGAAACGGAGCGCUCGCGCCGCGACAUGGCCGUCUUCAAGACGUACGAGUUUUUCGAUGGCUCCAUUCUGGUGACGGGAGCGACGGAACCGGAUUGGGUGCCCGUUAUGAAGCGGGCCGACGCCAUCACCACCGACCACGGCGGGCGCACCUCGCACGCCGCCAUCGUCAGCCGCGAGCUGGGCCUGCCGGCCAUUGUCGGCACCGGCAACGCCACGUACGUGCUGCACAGCGGCCAGGACGUGACCAUCUCUUGCGCCGAGGGCGACACGGGCUUCGUCUAUUGGAACAUGAGCUUGAACAAAAGUUGUCAUGAAAACUCGCCCCUUCUGGGGACGGAGCCACAGUCCGAGCCGCCGUGUCCCGGUUCCGCCAACAACGAGCCACCCAACCGCGAAGUCUUCCCAUCCUCCUCGUACUUCACUUGGUCGUCCUCAGCAGGCUCCGCAUCCAACUUCGGUGACUCGCUCCGCGAUGUCAUCAUCGGCUUCUCUGACGGGCUCACGGUACCCUUCGCCCUGACGGCCGGCCUCUCGUCGCUCGGCAGCACGCGGCUCGUCAUCAUGGGGGGUCUUGCCGAGCUCUUCUCCGGCAUGAUCAGCAUGGGCCUCGGCGCCUACCUGGCCGCCGCCACCGAGAGCGACCGUUGCCGCUCAGCGCUGCGGCUCCGCGCCGCCCGCCCGCUCGCCGAGCGUCGCGCUGCUGCCUACUCCAUCCUCGCCCGCUAUAGCCUCGAGCCAGAAGGUGCGCGGCCCCUCGUCGACGCCCUCUGCGCCAACGGCGACUCCGGGCUGCGCUUCGCUACCGACCUCGCCCUCGGCACGGACAAGCUCCCCGGCCACCGCGCCUGGCUCUCGGGGCUCACCAUGGGCCUCAGCUACUUUGUCGGUGGCCUCGUCCCUAUGCUCCCUUACUUUGCCAUGGCCCGCGUCCGCGACGCGCUGCUCGUCUCCAUCGCCGUCACCAUUGUCAUGCUCCUCGCCUUUGGCUACGUUAAAAACUACGUCGCCAUCCGCAGCCACCGCGCCGGCGUCUGGGGCGCCCUCCAGACCUUGGUGGUGGGCGUCCUGGCCGCGAGCACGAGCUACAUUAUUGUCAAGGCCUUGGAUUCAGUUGGCCCGGGAUAG